AUGGCGGGUGGACGUCAGCGCAAACGGAAACUGACUCCGUGUCAGGUGGAUGGCAACAGCUGGGCUGGGAAUGGUCAGGAGAUGGAGGAAGGAAGUGACGGAGUAGUAAGUGAGACAGGAGAGGUGGGGAGCAUUGGAGAGGUGGAAGACAGCGAGGGUAAAGAAGAGUGGAAUAUUAAUCAAAAUAAAAAGAAAAAGAAUAAUACAACUGACUGUGGUGAAAGUGCAUCUUUAAAGUAUGGUGGGGAACAAGAUAAGGAGAAAGAGAAACUUUACGUCGAGCUGAAACACAUCCUUGCUCGGCAGCCUGGUCCGGAAGCAGCAGAAAAACUACAGCUGUAUCAGCGAACACUGCGGGAGAAGACCAAACAACUGAAGGUCUUAACAGCAGAGCUCAACAUGCACGAGUCCCAAUCAGAAGACUACAAGUAUGAGAUCGAACGUCUGGCCCAUGAACUCCAAGAAGUCAAGAAAAAAUACCUCGCACAGAAACGGAAAGACCAGGAGCACAGGGAGAAGGAGCGAAAUCUCACCCAGGCAGGACAGCCUGUGAUCCAGCCUCAGCGUCCAGACGGCGCUAGAUUCACUGGAGGAGGCUUCAGUUUUAAACAGCACAACAGGAUGACACUUCAAGCUUUGGAACAACAGUCCUGAUGCCCGCCAGACCCCUCUGAGGACCCUCUUCACCCAUCAUCGCCU